CUUACUGCUUAAUGGAGGAUUGAUCGAAAAUGUAGGUAUGUCUAGGGGCUCGUAAGGAGGUCGUAUCGUUUUUGAUUGCAUUCGAAGUUGUAGCUGUUCCAAAGGAAUGUGGUAGAGAGUCGAGACUCUCAGAGUUGGGGGAAUGCUUCGACGAAGGGAAGAGGAGAUCGUGGGCGAAAUCUGGGAUCAAGAUGGUGUAGGUAGAAGUCGAACGAAGGCGAACAAGAACAGGAACGGAACAGGAACAGGAACAGGAAACUAGAAAGGGUGAGACGCCUUGAGAUUGGAUGGAGGGAGGGCAAUGGGACGAACACUCGCUUGUGUAGCUCAAUGGGGUUUGAUGGCGUCGUAGCUGAGCGGUUACUGGCUGGCAGGGGCGGCCGGGGUCCGCUCGAUCUCAGGAACGGCAAGGGGCCCCCUGCAUGGCGCAAGGGGCGACGUCGUUGCAGACAGGGGGCGACGUGCCACGGCCACUGCACCGUUUUGCUGGCGAGAUCCUGUGGGUUGGAGGCCGGAGGCGAGGCCAACUUGGUGUGUUUCUGCCGUGGUUACCAGUAUCUGGAGAUUAUUCUGGGUUGCAAGCCCACCGCUGGUGGGGACUGCGAGAUUUCUUCGACUUCCAAGCUCUGGGGCUGGGCGCCAGGACAAACAACAUCAACACCAAGACCAAUGCCCACAAGGCCAAGAGACUGCCCAGACAGGCUUCCAAUCAUUCAGUCCGGGUGCCCAUCAGAAGAUGACAGCACCCAACUACCUGAUUCGCGCGCUGUUCCUGCUGCAGACUUCAGUGCUGCUAGACUAAGGUUAUCAAGAUGGCCCGCCCGUCUUGCAAAUUCGUCACCGACUCACGGCCUGAGAUUCCUCUGGGGCUCGUGCUACCGCCGACAGGAAACAAGCGCAAUUUCGGCUCAGGCCAAAUCUCUCUCAGAUGAAAGAGACGUAACCAACCCACUCGCCUACGGAGUGCGGAGAUGACUGGGACCAGUGCUGACCACGGAAACCUUCUGGUGCAUGAUGCCGCCGCCGGAGACCAAUCAAUGGUGGGCUAUGGAGGGGUCGA